UCCGAAUCUGCUCUCCUCAACAUGUUGGGAGUUACUCCAUUCUCGUCCGGAUUGGUUGUUCGUCAAGUCUACGAUGAUGGAACCCUCUACUCUCCAGAAGUUUUGGACAUGACCACCGAGGAGCUCCGCAAGCGUUUCCUUUCUGGAGUUCGCAACGUUGCUUCCGUUUCUUUGGCCAUCAAAUACCCAACUCUUGCUUCGGUUGCUCACUCUUUGGCAACUGGACUCCAGAACAUGUUGGGAAUUGCCGCUGUCGCCGAUGUUUCCUUCAAGGAGGCCGAGACCAUCAAGGCCUACAUCGCCGACCCAAGCAAGAUCACCUGUCAAUGUCAUCUGCUUCCUGUGCAAUUACAUAGUUCAGCUGGUGGAGAAUAG